AUGGGAAAUAAUACUUCGACACUCGAACAACCUCUCCGGAGACAAUCAUUAAAAUCAUUAAGAGGUAGCUUACGCUAUUCAAAAAGAACUUCCCUCAAUAGAAAAAAUAGAGAAUCACAAAAUAUUAUUAACUCGCAAUCACAACAACGAUUUAAUAUACAGAAAGAUUUCGUUCAUGAACCCGUUAUACAACAAACGAAACCUUCUUUAAACGUUAAUCCUCGCAUUUUACUGAAUAAAAUCGAUUUCUUGGAUGAAAAUUCGUAUUUUGAUGGCAUUCACGGAUGGGAUUCUUCGGCAACCUUAAGCAACAAUAAUACUUUUUCAACAGGAUCAACGUUCACUUUGGCACCUUCCGAUGAAAGGACAUCAUCUCCAAGUACAUCAUCCUUAGAAACGGAUUCCAUCCAAUCAGAGCAUGGGGUGAUCGGGAAUAUUACGGAAACUCCUAUUGUUGAAGAACCCGAUUGUUUUAUUGAUAAUAAUAAUCAUUAUGGUCAAACGAUGAAUACGCCGCAUUCAUCAUUAUUCUUCAGGGAGCAUGAUAAUAGCUCAGAAGAGACCGCCACAUUAAAUCCAUCAUUAUUUAACUCGGACGAAUUUUACACCUUGCCGGAAAUUCACGUAAUAUCCUUAUUACAACGAGAUGACAUCGAGAUGGCUGAAAUUGAGAUAUGGAAUCAAUUGAUCACGUGGGGAGUUAAGAAUACCUUGCCAACCUCGACGAAACGAUUAUCCAGAUGGGAUGAGGAAGAUUACGAGGCAUUAAGGGAAAAGUUAAAGAAUUGCGUAUCCUGGAUAAGAUUUUUUCAAAUAAAACCUCAGGAAUUUGCGGAAUUUGUUUGGCCGUAUAAGCAGAUCCUUCCCAAAUCAAUAAUUGGUAAUUUCUUGAGGCAACAAAUAACUGGCCAUCCUCCAAUUAUAGAAACUCGUCAAAAUCCGCCAAGAAUUCCCUCCGUUGAUAUAGAUUCCACCAUCAUAACUGGUAGACAUGCUUCUAUAUUGGCUAGUUGGAUGCAACAAGAUGAACCAGUGAUUGGAGGAAAAAGUCCUUUUAACUUUUGUUUAUUAUAUCGUGCAAGUAGAGAUGGAUUUUCAUUCAAGGAAUUUCAUGAGUUAUGUGAUGGUCAAGGUCCAACGGUUCUUGUGAUCAAAUUGGUCAACUCCAAACAAAUUAUUGGUGCCUUCAAUCCUUUAUCGUAUCAAAAAUCUCGAACUAGCUUGUUACGUAAAAAUAAAUUAAAAAGAAUGUCAACAGAUUCUGCCUAUUAUGGUAAAGAUUACUCGAGUGAGAAAGAGGCCAAAAAGGGUUCCUUCCUUUUCUCAUUUCAAACUCGUUAUUACCCUGAAGAAACUGCAGUGAUUAGUCGUAUAAUACCCGACUGUUUAAAUGAUGCAAUAAAGCACUCUCGGGAUGGUCCUUGUUUUGGUUUAGGCCCGGAUUUAUUGAUUAAUCUUAAUGAAGGUGAAAAGAUUGGCAAAGUUUAUCCGGCUUCUUAUCAAUAUCCUAUUAUAAAUUUUGAGGGGAACUUCGAGUAUGAGGAUGUUGAAGUUUUCAGUGUCAUGAAAAUGGAACAAUAG